CGGCACCGGCUCGGAAACACUUGGUGGUGAAAGUUUACUGCUCUUGUUUCUGUCACUGCACAUUCUUUAUUAUUUAUCCUACCUAGUUAUUUUUACACAAACAACAAUGAAGCGAACAAGAAGCUCAAAAAAUAAAAGUCAGAGCACACAAGAAACCGAAGAGGUCCAGUCCAAAACAGUGUGGCAGUGGAUAGGAGAUAAAGGACAGUGGGAACCAUACUCGGCUUCUGCCUGUGCCUUGUUGGACGCAGCCGUCUCUUCAGGAGAAACCUCUGUCACUCUGUCUGUAGGCUCUGGGACAUCCUAUGAAGUCGACCUGAAAAAGAUGGUCCAGAUUAAUCCUGUCACCAAGUACAAGAGGAAAAUUCGCUCUCAGACAGUAAAACCAGAGAGUUUGAAUGACGCUAAUGACUUGACUCCUCAAAACGGGACACCAGUCCAAGUUAAAGAAGAAGAGGAGGAGACGGAAAAACAACCUGCAGCCAAGAAAAAGAGAGGGCAGAGCAAGAGUCAGACAAAAACUGAAGAAAUACCCAAAGAAGAAACAAAGAGUGAAGAGGUGAGGACGGUGGUCAUGAAGGGAAAAGCUCCAGUGGACAUAGAAUGUAAAGCCAAACUGGGAAAGGCUCAUGUUUACAGUGAAGGAAGUGACGUUUACGACGUGAUGCUAAAUCAGACAAAUCUUCAGUUUAACAACAACAAAUACUACCUGAUCCAGCUGCUGGAAGACGACAGCUCUAAGUCUUACAGUGUGUGGAUGAGAUGGGGCAGAGUGGGAAAAGUGGGUCAAAACAGUCUGACAGGUUGUGGUGGAGACCUGCUGAAAGCCAAAGACAUCUUCAAGAAAAAGUUUUUAGACAAGACCAAGAAUGAGUGGGAAGACCGAGCAAGUUUUGAGAAAGUAGCUGGAAAAUAUGACAUGGUGUUCAUGGACUACAGCACGAAUGAAAAGGAGGAGAACCUGACCACAGUGGAUGCUGCACCUAAAAAGAGGAUCUCCAAGCUGGAUGUGAAGGUCCAGUCUCUUCUGGAGCUAAUCUGUGACCUUAAAGCCAUGGAGGAGUGUGUGCUGGAGAUGAAGUUUGACACCCGGAAAGCUCCUCUCGGCAAGCUGACCUCAGAGCAGAUCCGUGCAGGCUACACCGCACUGAAGAAAAUCGAGGACUGUUUGAAGAAGAAGGGUAGCAAUCGUGAUCUGCUGGAAGCAUGCAACCAGUUCUACACCCGCAUUCCUCAUGACUUUGGGUUGAAAACUCCUCCAAUCAUUCGUACAGAAGAUGAGCUAAAGGAAAAAAUUGAGCUGUUGGAGGCUCUGAGUGACAUUCAGAUUGCAGUGAAAAUGGUUCAGUCCAGUGAAAACAAUGACGAACAUCCUCUGGACCGACAGUACAGCUCCCUCAAGUGCCAGCUGCAGCCUCUAGACUCCAGCAGCAACGAGUACACGGUGAUAGAAAAGUAUCUACAGUCCACUCACGCCCCCACCCAUCGUAACUACACCAUGACUGUCCUUGACAUGUUCUCAGUGGACAGAGACGGGGAGAGUAACAACUUCCUCUCAAACAUACACAACAGGACUCUGUUGUGGCACGGUUCCCGCCUUUCUAACUGGGUUGGCAUCCUCAGUCAGGGGCUCCGAGUGGCCCCACCUGAAGCUCCCAUCACUGGUUACAUGUUUGGAAAAGGUAUCUACUUUGCUGACAUGUCGUCUAAGAGUGCCAAUUACUGCUUUGCUAAUCAGAACAACCAUGUGGGACUGCUGUUACUGUGUGAGGUUGCUCUGGGAGACAGUAACGAGCUGCUAGAUGCAGACUACGAGGCCAACAAUCUGCCGACUGGAAAACACAGCACCAAGGGCCUGGGACAGACCGGACCUGACCCCAAAAACUCAGUCAAUCUGGAUGGUGUGACCGUGCCGAUGGGGCCAGGGGUGAGGACGGGGGUGGGUAGAAACAACUGUUACUCCCUCUUGUACAACGAGUUCAUUGUUUACAACCCUGCACAGGUCCGCAUGAGGUACCUGCUGCGGAUCAAGUUCAACUACUCUUCACUGUGGUAAGGCAGUGCAAUGCGAUAUGGAUGUGAGAAAUCUGGAGAUUUCAGGCAGUUUGCUUGCCUCAAAGAAUGAUAUAUCACAGAGUCAUUCCUUAUGUACAGUCUGAUUGUGGUUCUUGGGGAUAGGAUGUAAACCUGAACACCCUGCUGUUACUGGGUGGAUAACAGACUUGUUUACUGUCUUAUUGAUGUAGAGCUGUAGAAUUAGUCAACUGGCAACUAUUUUAAUAAUAAUUUAAUAGUUUUAGUCUGUCUAUGCCAAACGUUAUUGCUGCUUUUCCUUGUCAUAUCUGAUAUCUUUGGGUUUACAAACAAAUUAAUUAAAAAAACAAUUGGCAGAUUAAUUAGUUGCAUUCCUGCAGUGAUGUCCGGUGUUGUGGUACUUGAGAUCAGUCCUGGUCUAAAGACCACUUUUUUAGUUCUCAGUCUCAUCUCGGACUCAAACGCAUUUUUACUCAAUCUUCACCUGGUCACAGACAAAGAGUAUUCUGGAUUUUAUUACUAAACCAGUCAUGACCACAACUGCAGGGAUAUUACCAAACUGCCUGUGCAAAAAAAAAAAGGAACGUUGAUUAAAGACGCUUAAGUUGAUAUCAUCUCCUUAGUGUUUGUUUGUAUUUGUUUGCUCAUAGAAAACCAAGGAAAAUUCCUACACAUAUAAUACAUCUUUGUGAUGCUGUUUGAUUAUUUAUGAAGACAUUUCUCAUGGGACACUUACACAUGCACACAUAAACUAUAUGACAAUAAAAUAGGUAAAUGAAGAGGAAUCUUUCCUCAUUUGUUUUCUGUGGGUGCUUUUAAUGGGAAUGUGGUUCUUUUCAGAUUAAUUUGAGGAGUGCCUUUAGUUUGCAUGUUGAACAGUAAGGGAGUAAGGGACUCUGGUUUGGUAUUGGUCAUGACUUGGUCUCGGUUAAGGUGGUUUUGACUUCAACACUGGUGAUGUCCACACUGGGGGUUGACACAUCAGAAGGUUUUAUACAGCUCACUCAAUAUGUAAAUGGUUAAGUGAAUUGAAUUCAAGAAAAACAUCAACAAAAUUACUCUUUUCUACGAUGGGUUUUCUCUUGUAAUAUGACACUGACUGCAUCUUUGUUUUUGUUUUUGUUUUUUGAGUCAGAAAAUGAUGUUGGACGCUGUCAAAUAAUUUCUGAAUAUUGCUUGUUUAGGAAACAAGUGAACUUUGGUGAGGGUAAAAGAUGAAUUUGUGUGAUGUGAAAAACAUGCUCAACAUUUUGCACUACUUUCUGUCCAUAUUGCUUUAAAUCCCAUACGUCCUUCUAUCAGUGUAAGCUGUAUUGUAUAGACUUUUGGUCUCUGAUGUGGUGCUGUAUGAAACAUAAAUGGCCUUAUGGAUCUAUUAGAUUAUCAACAUCUGAAUUUAGUGACAAAACAUAAUGAUUUGGAAGUUCUGUAAGCAGGUUUGAUGUGAGCAUUUAUAUUGCUUUUUUGUGUUAUUAAUGUAGAAAAGCAAAAAUUGUAUGCUUUCAUUUGUUUUUGGAUAAUUGUCGGGUCAAACUUUUGUAUGGGUUAACAUGCACUGUAAAACAACAAAUACAAUACAACAUUUUUUAUAUAAAUGUUUGUUUAUGUAAAACUGAGAAAAGGUUUUUUCUGUAAAAACAGUGAUAAUCAUUCACUCAUUGUCACUUAAAACAGGAGUUACAGCAUAUACAUUAAACACUAAUAAUAAAGGACAUUUUCAUGGUCGGUA